CAUUAAUAGUGAAUGCCUUUAUUUAUGUAUAAAGGGGCAAGGCCUUGUACUAUUUAUUCAUAUAACUUCACCUACCUGUGGUGGGGAUAAGUUCCGGCGGUACAUCCAAUAACAAGGAAGUAUAGGCUAGUUGAUAUGAAAUUAGGUCAUUGACAAGCAGUGCAUUAUCACCAGCACCAUGAGCUGUAACAUGUUUGAUGAAGAUAAGAAAUCUGAAGAAGGAAAUCAUUUGCAUGGAAGCUGUUGGUCAAAAGAAUCCUGCCAGCUGGACAGAAGGAAUUCGUUAGUGGAAACUGAGAAAGUGGAACACACUCUAGUGGCAGGCAGUGAUAGUUUACACAGACAUAAUACAUCCCACUGUGAAAGUAUUUAUGAGUGUGAUGAUUCUUAUCAUGAUGGUCACCCGUAUCUGUUUAGUGAAAUACACGAUGACGGUAGUCAAUCAUAUGAAUUUGAAGAGCUGUGCAGAAGUGAUAAUUCUGUAAGCAGAGUGUCUCAUGUGAGAAGAAAACAAGAUGGAUGUAGUGAAUGUAAAGAGAACUAUGAGAACAGCCAACCAGCAGUACAUAACACUGAAGAACUUAAUAAUUGUGAGACUGGCAAUUGUCUGUCAGAAUCAAAUCAUACUAUAGGAGACGAUUCCUGUGAAUGUAAUGAAUCUUGUGCAGAUAGUCAAAUUGAUGAUGACAAUCAGUCCUACAGGAGUACAUACACAACGGACCUUUCAGAGGAUGAAUCACUGUACUAUAACAGUGAGGCUGAGAAUGAUGAUGGUGAUGAUGAUGAUGACGAUGAUGAUGAUGAGGAGGAGGAAGCAGAUGACAGCACACGUCCUUUGUACAUUAUUGAAUGUAACUCUGAAGAGUUUCUAGAAACUCGUCCUUCUACAGGCUUUGCAACAAUAAUAAGGGCCUUCAGUGUUUGGGCAGAAAUGGAGCAAUUUGAGAAGCCACCGCCACCAGCAGCAAAAGAAGUGAUACAGAGUCUGGAAAAUUUGUCAAUAACAGAAAAAGGGUACCAGUGUCCAGUGUGCUUAGGAAUUUGUGAAAUCGGCGAGACUUUAAAAUUGCUUCCUUGUACUCAUGCAUUUCAUAAUGAGUGCAUUCUGCCAUGGUUAGAAAAGACAAAUACUUGCCCAUUGUGUCGACAUGAAAUGCCAACUGACAAUGAAGAUUAUGAGUUGUUCAAAAGAAUUGAAACAGGAAGGCAACUGAGAAACUAAAUGGUCUGUGCAUUUAUGUUGUUAUUCAUGAGUAAAAUAUACCAAAUGAUAGAAUUUUGUAGCUGGAAACAUUAAGCAUGUCAUUCAUCUGCUUGUAUCUGAUUGUCAGUGGAGAAGUGUACUAUAUUCUUGUGCUGUGUUGUAUUUUGAUGCCACAGUUUUGUACUGAUAAGGGAGUGUGAAGAAGGCACAAUUGAUUUAGAUGUCAUGAAGAGAAAGUAGUUGCAUUUUCAUCUAUUGAAAGCUAUUGACCAUUGAAAAUGGUUGUGUUAGUGUCUUGUAAUUGAGGAAAAUUCCUAUGUCAACACAGAAAA